CAGCUCCCAUUCCUACUACUGCCCGGGCCGCCUGGCGGCGACGAGCGAACGAGAGCCCUACUCUAUCUCCCCUCUCUUUCAGCAGGGCUUGCCCAGCACCGUCGCGUUCGUGAAAUGGCUCGGCGCAGCGCGCUGGCCAAGGGCCUAGGGCCCCUGGUGGCGCUGCUGCUGGGCGUCGUCGGACGCUGCGUGUCCAUCGGGGCCCGUCCUCGCGUCUCGCUGUAUAUGACCGAGUCAUCCAGCGUCCUCGACCUUUCUUGGAGCAAGGGCCCCGAGAACCUGCGCCAGAGCCUGCUCAAGGCUGGCGUCGAGCUGAGCGUCGCUGCGUCUGGGCAGCCGCGACUCGCGGGGCUUGAUGCGUACCUUAUUCCGCCGACUCACGGUAGCGCCAGCUACGCAGAGGCCGAGAAUAUGGAGGCCGUUGCAAACUACAUCAGCAGCGGCGGCCUUGUGGUGCUGACCCUGAACGGGCUGCACCAGGCCAACGAUGCUGACUUCGUGUCGCGCGCCCUGGGCUAUACCGGGAAAUGGAAGGUUUGCGACGUAAUUUCGUCUGGGUCCAAGUCGCUAUACUUGAGCGCGCAGGCCAGCGGGCUGUUCCGGGCAUCGAGCCUUGACUUCCCCGCGUCGCUGGAAGUGGCCGACACUGUGACGCGCACGUCCUGGUGCGCCCACGAGGAUGUGGACUCGUUUAUCGUGCCCAUCUACACUUCGGAGGGCGAUGAGAGCCAGGUGGCCGCUCAGCUGUUCGGCAAGGCUGGCACGCCCGGCGCGGUGGUGGUGCUUGGUUACGACUGGAAGGCCGGCCCCCAGGCGCAGUGGAACGCUCUGCUGAACAAGCUGAUUGCGGACUUUGCCGCCGGCGCCUUCGUGGUCCCCGCCAGCGGCAACGCCGACGAGAACGCCACCGCUGAUGGCAACUUCGCGUCCGUGCUGGACAGCGCCUCAGACGUUGCUGACGCUGCCGCUGAGGUGGUGCGCCGCUUCCUGCAGACCGCCGGCGCCGCGGGCGUGUACCCCUCUCCUGCUGCCACGCCCUCACCCUCUCCCUCUCCCUCUCCCUCUCCGUCACCUUCGCCUUCAACAAACACCUCUUCCCCCUCGCCCUCGACCACGGAUUCCCCGCCUCCCCACGCGCCCCGCCCUCCCCGGCCGCCUCGCCCUCCUCCGCCGUCGCCUCUGCCCCCUACGCCGCCCCCGGCCACGCCGUCACCGCCUACCAAACCCUCGCCGCCGAUGCCGCCGAACCCUCCCCCAAACCUCAACCCCCGCCCUCCGCCCAGCCCCACGCCUCCGGCGCCGCCUCCCCAGCCCCCUUCGCCUCCCCCUCCCUCCCCCUUCCCGCCGAGCCCUCCUCCGCUGCCCCCUGGCAUUGCCAAGGUCGUGGAUGACUACACGGUGACCUAUGGCUCCGACAUGGCCGCCAGCAUCAUCGGAGACAACCCUGCCGACCUGAAGAACAACGCGUCGGCUGUGGCUGAGAUCGUCUUCAACAUCCAGGGCGCCUACGCCGACAAGUUUGAUGUCGACCCGGAUGCUAUCCUGGUGCGCGGCUUCCGCUUCCUGUUCAGCGACGGCACCAUCCUCGAGGUGCUGGUUGACACCACCCCGGCCGCCAAGAAGCGCCGCAUGGCGCUCGCCUCCUUGGCCCCCGAGGACAUGCUGCAUGUGUAUAACCACGCCGAGGUGGCGGCCAAGUUUGGCGCUGACAGCGGCAUGAGCGGCCUCGUGCACGAGACCCGCACGUCUGUGACCGAGGACGAGAUCAUGGAGAUGCUGGAUGCCUCUGCGGCCAUCCCCGCGGCCCUGGCGCGCAGGAUGGCCGAGGUGGACACCCGCCGCUUCCUCCAGGCCACCGACUACGUCCUGGAGGUGCUCGUCACAGUUAUCAGUUUCCAGGAGGUGCCGCUGCCGCCCUCGCCACCCCCCAGGCCGCCGUACGCGCCCGGCACGGUCCUGCCUCCGUCGCCUCCUCCCACCCCGCCUUCUCCCCCGCCCCGUCCUCCUCGCCCCCCUCCGAUCAAUGUCCAAAAGAUUGCUGCCGAGCUGGGCGCUGAUUUCAUCAACAACGGCUUCCCCCCGCCGUCACCCCCGCCCCCCUCGCCUCCUGCCCUCAACCUGCCUUUUAUCAAUGUCGACAACGCCACCGGCACCGGCACCGUGGGCACCAAGCGGGCCGUGGUGUGGCGUGACGACUCCGACUACACCUCCCUGCUCACGCCAGGAUCGCCGCUCUACCUGAUUGACCCUGCUAAGCCUGCUUGCCCAGCCAAGUGCGCGGGUUGCGACAAGGCCUGGAAGGCUGGCACGAACAACGUGCUGACCCUGCCCAUCUUCUUCAAGGAGCCCACCCAGGUGUCCAAGAUCUACAUCAAGCAGAUCAGGAACUCUGGUGUGGUCAAGGUCCAGCUGCUCAAGUGGAUGGGUGCGCCCUCAACCGGCCAAGUGACCGGUAACGUGCUGGGCAAGACCGUCUACAACGUGACCAAGGACACGUCCAAGUGCCAGUCCGUGCUGGUCGUGCGCGUCGGCCCCAAGAAGUCCGGCAUCAACCUCCCCGUGCCCGCCGGCGGUAGCCAGGCCAAGCUGCCCACAAAGCUGGCGGCCAAGGCUCUGGGCGGCAUCCUUAUCACCAUGCAGCGCCCCGCCGAUGCUGGCCUGAACUACGGCCCCUUUGUUGAGUACGUGCGGUUCAAGGGCCGCGUGCUCUACCCCAAGGAUGCCUCCAAGUACGCCUACGCGGCUGCCAAGAAGAAGAAGCUCUAAGCUUAAGAAGCUACAACAUGACACGGAGCGUGAUUAGAGCAUGGAAGGGCGACAGGGGCCACGGGUAAGGCGACCCCUGGCUUGCUCCGCUUUCCUCCAAACAAUGGCGCAUUUGCCAGCCAGUGGUGCACCCAGCGUGCAUAUAACUUGCGCAACUCGAAGAUUAUUGUUACUGCCGAAGAUUAUGUGCGGCUGCCGGGCCUUGCACCAAGAGUGUGGGCCUGUUGUCAGUGCCGAUCCGGGUUAAUUUACUUCACCUUUAUCCUUGUGAUUCACUCACUGUUUGGUGAAGCACCUCCCGCGCUUUUUCGUGGCGCGGUCGUGCUCUACUCCCCCGGUCCUGUGGUGGGUGCGGGGAGUUAUUUGCGCUCCGUCUAGCGCUAACCCAGGUUGCAGGGUGCAGUGUCCUAACCAUGUGACGUGCGUGGGUUCGGUCUCGUGUGUACCAUGCUAUACACAAUCUGUCGAUGCCCACCGUCACGUAUUCCCCGAAAACCAUAUGCACCGGCGGGUUUUGCACAUGUGCGCGCUCGCGCGCAAGCAUACAGCAUCAAGGUCACGCCUAACCCGGGUUACCCGCCCGGCACCUGGGCAAGCAAAUCACGUCAUUGUGGGGCGGGGUUUUGGAUGAAAGGACACCUGACACUGACUGCCGGCAUUCAUUGAUUAGUUAUUGAUUUUUGUGUUUGCGUGCAAGUACACGCGUAUUAUGUACAUUUUCCCACUGUUGUGAAUUGGUGCUCACCUGCUGAAGGAGCAGAAAGCGGUGGUGGCUUUGGUGGCUUACGCCUCCCUAUGGCACUGUGCGGUCAUUUGACGUACCGUAGUCUGAUCAUCGCCUACCCCCGGUUUGUUGUGCUGGGCCCUGGGUUAGUUGGUCAUGUCCUGCUGUGUGUGGCAAAGUACUUGUGAUGCUUGUGGCCGAUUGUAGCCGAACCAUGUGCGCCACGGCGCAGGCCAAUUUGCCUAGUUUAAACAAGAAUGAAGAAGUGGAGAGCGAGGCGUGAGAGGGAAGCUGGGAGACGAAAUGUGGCAGCGUAGUGAUGGCAGGGUCUUGCGGCUGCGGCCGGCGCUCGGGGGUGCCCCUGGAAGGCACAGCGUGGCUCGGACGCGGAGAGCGGUAGGUAGGUGCGCUAUAGCUUCACCAUUGCAGCCUCCUUAGCGGUUCUUCGUGCCGCCGCAAGUGGGGGAGCUGGUAGCGACCAAACCGAUUGUUUGUUGCCGUAAGGCUGGCCAAGUCAUGUGGCUGAUAUGCCACAGUGUGCAAAGCUGUUUGGUUGAAAGCAUUGUUACAAGUUGGCCAUCGCAUCCGUCUGCCAUCCUCCAGGUAGGCCUCUACGACGUCGUGCUUGCUUGAAUUCUCGGUUUCGAAUUGUUAAGCACCGUCGAUGCCAUCCCAGGACGCUCCACCCACCUCCACCAGAAACCGCGAUGGGUGCCGCGUGUCAACAAUAAAGCAGCUUCAGUGGACCAGAGGCACAUGACUGCGUGGUCCUAAGCACUGGAGCUGUCUGUCAUCACCUCACCCGCGGCACCAAAAGCUGAGCACUCAAUCACCGCAGUGCUCCACCAUGCAGCCGUGGCCGGCACAGUGACAUUGACGCCGCCGGAUUCAGCGCAACAACAAAACGUUUGCGUUUCAUGACAUGCUGCUGGCAUCCGGAAACCUCACACAUCCUCGCAGGGCCCGCUAGCACCCCCUUGCAGUCCAGCCAGCCAAACAGGCACCGAUACAUCGCAAGGAGCAUGUAUCCCUGCCAUGCAUUCAGACGCACGGCCACUCCACACGCAUGGUCGCAGAGGCGCGCCUCGGCAUGGUCAUGCCUUGCUUGACCGUCCCUGCACUCCACACUCUGGCCGUGCUCUCGGUCCGCGAACCACUACAAACGCACACGCCUGAGACGGCUGCGCUGGUUGUCUCACACCGCCUGCCGUUCCAGGCAAAGACCAGCGGCACCCACCAUCCCGGCCAAGCGCCAAUCUGAGCGUCCACACGUGCCCUUGCCACCCCGCAGGAGUCGUGCUGUGCUGGUGGCAAAAGCUACACACGCCAUGCAACAAUGAGACUCGGCACACUUGCACCCAUGCAGUGAUGCAUCGUCCGCAUUGGCGGAUGCCUAGCGCCCUUGUGUCCGCUCUGCGCAGCAGGCGACCUGCAUGCAAAGCAGCUCGCUCCGGACCCACGCUCCGGACCCCACACUCCCAC